AUGGGUAAGCAUGUACGGUGCCGGUGUGAGCAUGUACGGUGCCGGUGUGAGCAUGUACGGUGCCGGUGUGAGCAUGUACGGUGCCGGUGUGAGCAUGUACGGUGCCGGUGUGAGCAUGUACGGUGCCGGUGUGAGCAUGUACGGUGCCGGUGUGAGCAUGUACGGACAGGCCGGUGUGAGCAUGUACGGUGCCGGUGUGAGCAUGUACAGUGCCGGUGUGAGCAUGUACGGUGCCGGUGUGAGCAUGUACGGUGCCGGUGUGAGUGUGAGCGGUGCCGGUGUGAGCAUGUACGGUGCCGGUGUGAGCAUGUACGGUGCCGGUGUGAGCAUGUACGGUGCCGGUGUCAGCAUGUACGGUGCCGGUGUGAGCAUGUACAGUGCCGGUGUGAGCAUGUACGGUGCCGGUGUCAGCAUGUACGGUGCCGGUGUGAGCAUGUACAGUGCCGGUGUCAGCAUGUACGGUGCCGGUGUCAGCAUGUACGGUGCCGGUGUGAGCAUGUACGGUGCCGGUGUGAGCAUGUACGGUGCCGGUGUGAGCAUGAACGGUGCCGGUGUGAGCAUGUACGGUGCCGGUGUGAGCAUGUACGGUGCGGGUGGGGGCAUGUACGGUGCCGGUGGGAGCAUGUACAGUGCCGGUGUGAGCAUCCCUGGCUCCGAUCCUUGCUGACUGGAGAUACGGUGUUCGGAUUCCCUUCAAGUAGUGUUUGUCAGGUAGCAUAA